GGGUGGCCUCAAGUGGAGAUUCAUGGCCUAUAAAUGGAGUCACCACCCCUUGGAGAAAGAUCAGAGAUCACACUCCUCUCUCAUCCAAUAUCAUCAAUCCCUCCAUUCUCCAUCCGCCGCAAUGGCCAUGACACUUUUCUACUUGCUCUCCAUUGUUCUGCUUGGAGGCACGCGCGGAAGCAGCAGCAGUGGGGAGAUGAGUCCAGAGGCUUAUUGGAAAAGAUUGCUUCCCAGAACUCCGAUUCCAGAUUAUCUGCAGCCCUUUCUUCCUAAAGACUUGACGGGCGGUGUUGAAAAGAAGGCAUACGUCCCUGUGCUGGAUCAGUGCAAGGUAUAUGUCGCAUGGAGGUUCGGCGUAACCCCGGAGGAGCUCAAGGCUCUGCACGACACCGAAUUUCUUUUCUUGCCAGAGAAUCUGAAGCCCCGCAGCAAGACCAAGAAGCUGGACUUUGUCAAGAAGGAAAGAGAAGGCCGCGAAUGGCACGCUUUCUUGCCGCGCAGAACGGCUGAGGCCUUCCCCUUUUCUGUCUCGAAGCUCGACGGCAUCCUGAAAUACUUCUCCAUAGAGCCCACUUCUAGAGCUGCGAGGGACAUGAAAGAAACACUGGAGACCUGUGAGUUAGAAGCCAAUGAGGGAGAGAGUAGAUACUGCGCGACGUCCCUGGAGUCCAUGGUCGAUUUCGCCAUCUCCCAACUCAAAACGAACGACGUUAAACUACUUUCCACGUCAAUAAUCGACAAAGGAACAGCAGCCAAAGGCAGGGUGUACACCGUCCAGAAGGGUGUAACUGAGUUCCCAUAUAAGGAUUCAGUAGUCUGCCACGUAUUGGGAUAUCCGUAUGCGGUGUUCUACUGCCACAAGACCGUGAACACCAGUUCCUAUGUCUUGCCUUUGGUGGCUGAGGAAGAUGGGAGCAGAGUUGAUGCAGGGGCUGUGUGCCACACUGAGACCUCUUCAUGGAACCCAAAGCACGCUGCCUUCCAGACAUUGGGAGUGAAGCCUGGAGCUCCCAUGUGCCACUUCCUUUCUUAUGGCCACUUUGCUUGGGUUGCAAACUCUGCGCCAUGACGCCCACUUACCUUCUAAUGGUUGGUUAGUUUCUGCGUAGAAUAAGGCCGGAAUCUGCCGUGUACUUCUACUGUGUAUCUUUUCAUGGUUUAUUAAUUUGUGUCUAUGCCAUGAACGUGUGAUCUCUCUUAAUGAAUGUAAAGAGCAGGGAUGGGAAAGGUUCUAUAUGAAAGCAAGAGUACUUGUAUCAUGUUUAAAAUGUGAUGACAAAUCCUUUCUUAGUUUA